GCCAUACCUCCCAUACCUCCCAUACCUCCCAUACCUCCCAUACCUCCACCUCCCUCAAUCUACCACAAUAUCCCACAAUACACACCACAAGUCGAAGGCCAACUGGCAAACGCGGGCGUCUACGAGUGAAGUCGUCCAUAUCGUAGCUAAUUAACGUAGCUAGCUUAUCAGUCCUCUUUGACUUAUCUAAUUAAUAUACACACACGUAGCUUCGAGCUAACCUACGGAAACUACGUCGACUACUCAGACUACAUCGAGUACUGCUAUCUUCUAUUUCCUUUCCUUUCGUUUCCUUUCAUCUGCGUGUCGUCUGCCUACUGUUUGGUUCAAUAAAAUCAACUUGUGCUUAUGAAAUGUAACUUGAUUCUCUGCCUUUUACAUUCACCGGACUCUUCAAUUUUCCCACAUUCAUUUACACAACGAUCCCCGGUUGUUGCUCGAGCAGAGUAGAGUUUCAGGCGUCAUCGUAUUCAUGCGACUUUAGUUCACCACUUCAUAAAUAGAUUUCAUGUCGUCUCCCGGGAAAAAGAGUGAUAGCCAACGGCCUCGUCCAUUGCAGCUUUCCAAGUCGUUUUCCAAUCAAGAACCACCUUCCAGUCCGGAUCGUCUAUCCCGCCCUCUUAGAGCAAACACCAUACAGAACGGUACUAUUCCGUCGGUACUGAUGUCGGACACAGCAAAGUUGGGAGAAAACAGGCGGCCUGGCACACAAUCGGAUAUUUUCGAGAAAACGUCUGAGGAUGAAGGAGAGGGCGGGAAAGCGACUGAGGCGUCUGGAAAGUUACCCGUGGACUUCGAUGAACUUCCCAUAGAGCUUGUGAGCUUAGCAGAUAGUUUUAUUGAUUCUCUAUCUGCAAAGAUUCAUCCCACUCCUCCCUCAGUCGACAAACUAUCUGGGCUUUUCCAAGACUUCUAUGCCGUCGCUGCUAAUCACAUAAACACUCACAUCUCCGCCUUAUCCUCCCGACAACAUCGCGCAAGCUCUCCAGCCCCAGCUGCCUCAUCAUUAUCCUCAACGGCAAGCAAGAUCAGAGCAAAAGCUACUUCUAUGAAUAAGGAACGUCCCAAAGUAAUAGAAAGAAAAUCAUCUGAACAACAGAUGUUAACCAGCGAAGAAAUCAACGAGCGGAAACGUGCUAGGAAAGCCCUUGAGCACAAGCGUGUUGCAUUAGAAGAAGCAAUGGAAAGGAGAGUUUGUGAAGGCAUAUAUGAUAGGAUAUGGCGACACAGGAGUUCACAAGAUGAAGCACAGGAUGAGAAACUCCGAUCGAAAACUGCCGCUUUGUCAGUGGUUGGGAUAGGGUUAGUAGAUUUAGGAGUUGAUCUGGGCAUAGAAUCAAGUGAGAAACCAGAUGCGGCUGAAAAGCGAGAAUUAGAGGUUCGAGAGUGGCUAGAAGGUGCUAGAAGAGAGUUGAUUGCGAUGAACGACGAAAGAUAUCCUCUUGGGAAACUUAACCACUUAAAGGCAGCCCAUAAAGGUAUCGUUGAUACCUUAUCACACUUUCAUCCAUCUUCAUCGGCAGAUGAGAUCAUGCCUAUGCUCAUUUUUACCCUUAUCACAUCCCGGCCAGAAGGGAUGAAUGUUAUAAGCAACCUCUACUUCAUACAACGAUUUAGAUGCGAAACGAAAAUUGAUGGGGAGGCUGCUUAUUGCUUAACAAAUUUAGAAGCUGCGAUUUCAUUCCUUGAAACAGUAGAUCUUGCAAGUUUGAGAGCGGACGAAAUUCCUUCGGGACCAAUUAAAAUCAGCAGUCGGCCUAGCACGCCAAAAACAGAUAAACCUGACUCUUUGACAGUCGGUAUUACACCUACUAGUCUUUCGGCUCCAGCAACUGUUUCGGCAGCCCCAAGUCCUUCUGUGUCUAAACCUACGAACUCACCUUUGUCCACACUUCGGCCUACGAUUCAACCCGCGGAUCGAAGGCUCAGUGAUUUAUUUCAGCCACCUGCGGCUUUUGGUGCAGCUGGAGAUGCGAUAUUUGAUACCGCUGAUCAGGGAUUGAAGAGUAUUGGGAACAGUUUGGAAGGCAGCUAUAAAUUCUUGCUUGGAAAGCUAAAAGAGCGCGACUCCAAAGGCCAAGCUUCAGAAAUAGCUAUACCAAAAACGCUGGAUGAUGCCCGAAAGCUAAUCAGCACACCUCCACCAGAGGAUGACGGAUCUAUAAGUGGUGGAAGUACUCCUCAAAGUCCGACUGUUAAGGAACAUAAGGACGGGUCUAGCGCAGAGACGAAGCCCGAAGGACGUAGCCGAAGUGAUUCGGCUCAAAGACUUGACGAUAGAGUUCUCAGCUUCAUUGGUGGCCGCAAAAUGACUAGAGAAAGAAGCGCGGAUAGUAAUCGAAGCGGCGGUAGCUCUAGCAAAAGGGUUGCAUUUGCUCAGGAGGAAAGUGGAGAGAAAGGGACACCCUCUCCACAAGCUCCUGCCGGUAACCCGGCCAUCGUUGAAUCAAUGCGAAAUCUCGGCAACUCACUCAACCCGAUGAAUAGGAUUGCUGGGAUGGGUAUGAUGCGUGGGUUUGGACGUGUAACAACCCCAACAACCCCUACCUCGACUAAAUCAACCGUACCAGAUGGAGGGAUUCCUGAGUUGACUAGUACGGUCCCUGAUUUAGCAACGUCUCUACCACCCAAAGAGACACCUAAAAUCGCGCCACCUAACAAACGAUUCAUGGAACUUCAAAACCCAGGAGAUCUCAAAAUUAGUGAGGUGAUGGAGUUGUUGAGAGAUUAUAGAAGAUUAGCAGGAGCUUUAAAGGAUCUUGGGGCUGUCUAGGUGGUAUCACCACAAUUUUCUUUGAUUAUUUUGUCUACAUAUCCUCGGAUACCACAUUCCUUAAUUUUUCCUUUGUCUUUUUUUUUCAUUCUAUGGGCUGUCGUUAGAACAUUGGGAGCAUGUUGGAAUGGUGUUCAUUGGGGCGUGGAUAUGGGAAAUAUAGAAUUGGACGGGUGUAUGGUCUGGGAUUUGAAUUGGGAGCCACUGACGAGUGGGGAACGCUUGAAUUUAAAGCUCGACGUGAAAGUGAACUAAACUCAGCCUGAAAGAACGCAUCGAUAUACGUGGGUUUAAAUUCAAAAUCCAAUUGAUCGAAAUAGGAUGGAAUAUAUCGGUACAUUUUGCAGAUGAAGAAGUAGGAGUUAGAUACACGGUAUGGGUUUAAAGGAUUUGGAGAGGUUGAAUUUGUUUGGCAUGAUGGAUGUAGUAGACACCAGAAGAUUGGGAGACAUUAGUGAAGGUGAGUACUCGAGUGCACUCUGUGUGAUGAAGUAGAGAUUGUGAGAUUGAAAAUGAGAAAGACUUCAGAACUAUCAUUUUGUAAAUAUUGUGAUGUGUCAAUGCGAUUUAAACACCAGGACUGGACAGUGAAAUGGAUUUUGUUGGGAUUUGGGAUGCUUGGUUUUCUGGUAGGUAGUUGUAUGAUUGGUUUGUGUUGUGAUGGGAUUUAUUUGAGCUUCUAAUAUGAAAAGGGGGUUGGCUAUCUAGCGAGAAUCGAGAUGGAAUUUUUAUACUUGUGUAUUUGUGCUACUUGGGUAGGUUUAUAUUUUUCGUACA